AUGCUGCCUCCUACCGGUGUUCCCAUUACGAUCGACGACCCUACCAGCAAUGUCCAACUCGGCCAAUUGUCAACCAACGUACACGAUGGCGUGGAAAAGCUUGUGUCAGCUCUUGAUGCAAGGGCAUUGUGGCUCUUGAAUUCCAACCAACUGAAUGCUGCCUUGAAUGACGCGAACGCCAUGAUCAGUAUUGCACCUUGGUCACCUCUCGGCUACCUGCAUGCUGGAAAUAUCCAUGUUACUGAGAAACGAUACGAGUCGGCUGUUGCUGUCUAUGACGAAGGAUUACGACACGUUGCAACCAAUGAUCCAAGAUACCGUGAACUCAUCAGGGCAAGAGCUAUUGCAAACAAUAGCAUCAACAGAUGUAUCGACUUUGUAAGCAAGUUACCUUUGGACGUGGUGGUUUGCAACAUUGUACCAAGGCUAAUCCAGGGCCAAACAUCUAUCAGGAUUGGAGAACAACAUGCGUAUUUGAACGUGUGUCGCACAUGGCGAAAGAGAAUCGCAAUGGCUGAGGACUUGACUUUUACCGUUGGACCUACGCCAUUAACACCGAGAGGGACUCAUCAAUUGCUGGAUAUGGCUCCUGCUAUCAAAUCGCUCGUUGUCAUGCAGCAACUUCGCGACGUGGUGACUACGCUUACGGAAGGUUUCAGAUUUCACUCAUUAAAGAAAUUGAGUCUUCAUGUUACUUCUAUACGACUCGCUAACGAGGUAUUGCUGUCUCUAUUAUCAUUGAACCGAGCAUUGACCCACCUUCACGUUGGCACCGCAAUGGGAAGAAGCGCCAAAUACCGGCUAUGCGAUAUCAUGAAUGUGUGUCCGAAUUUGAUGGCUAUCUCCUUCCCAUUGUGGGAUAUGGAUAUGGAUGGGGCAUCUUUGGUAUACCCGAGCAUCAUCAAGUUGACCACCAACUUAUACAUGGCAAAGGAUACCCUCUCACCGAUUCUUCGACACUUUCCUAAUUUGAAGUACCUUCGACUUGGCUAUGUAUCGAAUUCAGCAAUGCUAUCAGUCAUUCAACAGUAUUGUCCACUUUUACAACAGCUCUUUGUUUCCGCUCAAUAUCAGCUCUGCGUACAGCCUCGAUCCGAGAUUGAAAAAAGACGUCAGGUAUUCUCAGAAAAUGACCUGGUGCGAUUGAUCAUGCAACAUGCUGAAACGCUGGAGACCAUUACAAUGGAAAGCAAGUAUGCAUUAGAAGCACCAAGCAUGAUACUUAGAUCGACAACCACUCGGCAAGUGACAUUCAAACGUUUGCGUGAAAUACGUUACCCUUUCAACAGCCGCAAGAACCUUCUUUCCUUUCUGAUAUGGAUCAUACGCAAUGCACCUCAUCUGGAGUCAAUUAAAACGGUUUAUGGUACUUGGCAAGCGUGUGUGAUGCGGGAACUGUUGCGCCCUAGACGGCAACAUCGUCAUCUCAAGAGGAUUGGAUUACGUGCGGAUGACACAGAUCAAGUGAAUGAAGAGCAAUUCAUCCAGCAUCAUAUCCAAUUGGAUCAACAAUCAAGCUUGAAAGAAAUUACUCUCACAUUGGACCUUGAACAACUCUCGUCAAGUUCAUGGCUUCAUUUGAUUCCUCGAUUGACACGAUUGACGCAUCUUGAAAUACGCUGUGACGACUCGCACGUGCUGGAUCAUGUGGUAUCACCUUUUAUCGCCGAGGUCGCUUCGAAAUGCCUAGCUCUGGAACGAUUUACGUUGUCCUCGCCAACACUACCCAUUGCAUACGAUGAUGUCAUUGGAAUUUGCUCUCAUAGCAAUCUCAAAGCUCUCGUUAUAGACGCCGAGAAACUGGAUGGUGAUGCACACUCGUUUGUUCGCGACUGCCAACACAUUCAAUCAUUGCAUCUAAAGCUUGACACGUUUAAUAAGGAAGACAUUGACACGUUGAGGAUGGGAUCAUUCAAGUUGCUCUGCACCCAGAGGCGGUAG